UCAGAAAGUUCCAGCAACCAUUUCUGAUUCGAUUUCGCAGUGGUUUACACCACGUAGUAUGCGGAAGUAACCUUUCUCUCCCCAAUCGGUAUUCCACGAGUUAGCAAUCGUCCAGUACUUGGUGCCAUUUUCAACUCCCCAUCCAAUCACUUUCACAGCGUGUGCUCCUCGUUCUUUACCGGCUGUGUGCACAUAGAUACCACUUUUGUAGGAGCUAAAAUCUUCAUAGACGACAAAUGCCGCUUGUACUGGUCCUUUUCUCAUAAUCUGACUUUGUAUGAGAGCUUCAUUUUGUGGAAGCAUAUACGCACCCUUCGCAAAGAACUUGUCGCGGUUAUAGCGUUUCCCAUAACCGUAUUCGCAGUAUUUCUUGCACAUAGGUGUCUUAAAUGUAUGGUCGCGUGGACACAUACCAUAGUAUUUUUGUCCAUCGUGAAAUCCACAUGGAUGGAAAACGUACGGUUUGCAGUUACCCGUUGUAUCAUACCGUCCUCCACUGCACACACCACUAUCUCUAGCAUAUCCCCAUGCUCGAAUGGCGUAGCCUCCUUCGCACCCAUCUCCACAAAACAUUCCACAGCAUGA